UAAAACGUAAUGCUAUCUCCUUGAACUUCUAACUCUAUUACUCUCCGCCGAUCAAAUUCAGUUGACUACCUUGCAGAACAACUUAAUGAAUCAAAAUGAAUCUAGAAGAUAUUAUUUACUUAGCUCUCUUAAUUUUUACAAUAGUUUUUGGAUAUUAUUAUAGAGCUUUAACUGAUCCUGCACUUAAGAGGAAUGUGGGAACAGCAGUUGGACUUUUUGUGGUGUUUAUGGUAUCUGGAGUUCACAUAAUUCAUCCAAUUAUUACAACAAUAAUAGGUGCUUUAAUAAUAUUAUAUGUGGAUAAAAGAAAAUGUCACUUAGUAUGUUUUCUCUUUGGAUUUAUAUAUAUAUUCUUUUUCCGUUCAACUGCAUACUUUGGUAUUCCAUAUCCUCCAUCUCACACAAACUUAGUACAAAUGAUGUUGACAUUAAAACUAAUUGGAUUAGCACUAGAAGUUACAAAUUCCCAUGAAUCCAAGAAGAAAAAAGAUAAUAGUGAAAAAACUGAUGAAGAAAAGUAUGAAGAUGAAUUUAAUAGAAUUGAUCAACUAACAUUCACAGAUAUUUUUCAUUAUUCAUUUAAUUAUGUAGGAGUUUUAACAGGCCCCUAUUACAAGUAUAAAACAUAUGUGGAUGCUAUUGAAAAACCUUACAUAAAAUAUGAUAAAUGGAAAGUAUUUUUAAAAGAAAAAAUGCUGUUUGUUCCCGUUUUUGCUGCCCUAUUUCUGCUGGCAUCUCAUUACUGGCCUUUAUCAUACGCGCUUACCGAUGAGUUUUACAACGAAAGAUCAUUCCUGUACAGAUGGUGGUACAUUUGGCCGAAUUUCUUUAUCUUCAGGAUGAGAAUGUACACCGGUUUGGUGUUAUCGGAAUGCGCCUGUAUCGUAGCAGGAGUAGGUUUAUAUCCCACCUUUGCGGCGAGCAAACCUGGCCUGGGUCCAUCAAGAAAUUUCAAGGAGCUAAAGGAAUUAACUGAUCCAAAAGAUUUGGAAAAGGUGGAAUAUGAUUACAAGACGGUGUUCAACAUCAGUCCACAAGGGGCGGACUUUUGCACUACAUAUAGAGAGGGCAUGAAGAAGUGGAAUAUUUGCAUUCAAUAUUGGCUGAAUGUGAAUGUUUUCAAACGGUUUCCUUAUAAAAAAUUCCGUGUUCUUGCCACAGUUAUGACGUCAGCCAUGUGGCAUGGUGUUUAUUCGGGUUAUUACGUUUGUAUCUGUACCAUCCCACUUGCUUUAAUGGUUGAAGAUGUUUGGGUGAAAAUUCUCCAUAUAGAAACCAAACAUGUUGCUUCUAAACCUAAGGAGUGGCUCUGGUUGAUGUAUAAAAUGAACAUGUUCUCAUAUCAAGCAAUAGCAUUCCAUUUAUUAGAAGUGAACAAAAUUUUCAAGUUCUACAAUUCCAUUUACCACGCUGGACUGAUUCUACACAUAAUACUUUAUGUAAUUGGAAUACAGAUUUUAAAAAUAAAAAAACGGAAACAAAAACACUCAACUAAUAAUGAAAAUAACGUUGCCAAAGAAAAAGUAAAAUAGUUUUGUUUAGUUUUUAGGAUUUUAAAAUUCAAUUUAAAUACAAGGAUAUUAAUAGGGUUAACUAGUAUUAAUUGCUCAUAAUAUUAAAGUUUGUGAUAUCUAUUGAUAUUUGAUGAAUCGAGUAAAUCAUUCACGACUGUUUUCAUAUCUGCAUGAAUUUAUAUCAAGUGUUUAUUUUAUUAAAAUAGCUCAAAUAUAGAUUUUACCAAGUUA